GCGUCGCAGGGGGCGCUGCUGCUCCGCAAAAGACGCUUCGUCGAGGUUGUAACGUGGUUGGUUCGCAUCGAUGAAAAAAAAUCCUCCUUUUGAGCGCUUUUCCUCGGGUUUUCGAUAAACGCGGGCCGUCGUCUUUUCGGGCUACGCGCGACAACGGCCGAGUGCAAUUAAAAAUGUGACAGCUCACCACGCCAUGGAGUGCCUCGCCAGUCGGUUCCCGUCGCACGGAGCCGGCCGCGGCGUCUGCGGACCUGACCACGAAUGGCGCUUUUUUUGUCUGUCCGGAGCAGUUUUUCUCCGAGCUCUACGAAUGAUUAAAAGCGAGGUGAUUAGGCCUACCGCGCAUCCACUGAGCCGAGUUCGUCGAUUCGUCUGUCAACGUGCGAAGUCCCCCACCGUCUCCAUGGUGAGAAAACGCUGCCGCAACGAGAGGUGAACGGCGGCCAGCGCCGGCCAAGCGACCCAGCGUCCGCAAGCAAAACAAGCCAACAGAGCCAGCCGGACGGUUUUUUGCUGUACGGGCAGCCAGUGUCAGGGAUCCCCCCACUGGCUGCCUUCGACCCCCUUCUCCGUGCGGAUUUUGCUCCAUUUCCACGAGCCGGGGCCCGGAUUUUUCCCGUCCGUCGUCACAGGGGAGGACCAAGGGGAAGCCUCUGGGAAGCCAUGUUGCCAGGGGGGCGCCUGGGGGCUGAAGAGGAUCACAUACGUCUGCUUCCGGGCACCCUCUGGUGCCAACCGCACCCCUGAGCCCUGGAGCUUCCCUUGGAGCGCCGCAUGUCGCUGAGCGCCAGCCAGCCGGGGGGUCCCCCCGAGUGCUACGGGGGCCCCCCCACGAGCAGCGGGGGAGGCGGCGGUGGGGCGAUGCAGAACGGUGCCUACUCGUGGGUGGGGGCGCCCCCCGCCCUGAGCCAGAAGAGCUGGCCACCAGGCUACCAGGCCUCCCUCACCAACCUGUUCCUGAAGAAGAACCCGCUGCAUUUCGGCACGGGCAUCUCCCAGCUGGCGGCCGCCUCCAGCUACCUGGAGAAGAUGUCAACUCUGGGCUCCGCGGCUGCGGCUGCGGCGGAGCACGGCCACCACAAGUGUCCCCACCCGGACGCCAAGGACAAGCCCUACCCGUGCGACCUGUGUCACAAGUACCUGACGCUUUGCAACAGCCUGCGCGGUGCCGAGGGGGCGGGGCCCCGGGGCGCCGCCGGCGGAAUGCCGGGGGCUCUCGGGGGUGGCCUGCCUCCUGGGGAACGCAAGGGCCCCCUGCUGGGGCAGCAGCAGCAGCAACAGCAACAGCAGCAGCAACAGCAGCAACAACACCAGCACGGCGGCGGACAGCUUGUGGGGCCCUGCCAGCCCCAGUCCCUGCUGGAGCGGGCCAACGGUCACGGAGGCCCCGGGGGCCCCCCCCGCGCCCGCCCGCCGCCCACCAAGCAGUUCCUGUGCCCAGUGUGCCACAAGUAUUUCACGCAGAAGGGCAACCUCAAGACACACAUGAUGAUCCACACGGGGGAAAAGCCCUACUCCUGCCAGGUGUGUGGCAAGAGCUUCACCCAGAAGGGCAACGUGGACACCCACAUGAAAAUCCACACAGGCGAGAAGGAUUUCGGCUGCGAGGCGUGCGGGAAACGCUUUACCCAGAAAGGAAACCUGAAAACCCAUGUGCGGAGCGUGCACACAAAGGAGAAGCCCUUUGCGUGCGGCGUCUGCGGAAAGUGCUUCUCGCAGAAGGGCAACAUGCAGACGCACAUGCGCACGCACAACAAGGAGGACCGUUUUCCGUGUACUCUCUGCGGCAAAACGUUCUCCCAGAAGGGGAACCUCAAGACGCACAUGCAGCGUCACACGGGCCAGCUGCCGCCCCGCCGCUACGGCUCGCGGGGCUCACGCGCCGCCCAGGCAGUCACCGGAGGUCUCCUUCACCGGCCACACUUGGCCGCCGCCGCCGCAGCCUUUGCCCUCGCCUCCACGUCGGCCCAGCAGGCCUCGCCCAAGGCGCCGCCGGACAAGUCCCCCGCCAGGGGCAGUGGGCCCCCGACGCCCCUGAGCCCUGAGUUGGGCGGACCGCCCGGACGGGGAGACGACUCCUCGCCGGGCUCUGGCCACGGGGACCCCCGGCCCUUCUACUCGGCGCCGCCCACCCCGGCCCCUGGGCCACCACACUCCCCGCGCUGGCUGGUGCACCCGCGGCACUACGACGGCGGGUUCCAGGCGCCCCCCUACCCGUCGUCGCUCCAUCACCCGCCCCUGGCAUCGCGCUUGGCACUGCUGGGGGCGGGCUCGCCGCAGCACCAGCCUCACAGCGCGUCGGGGGGCGCCUCGCCCGAGGACAAGACCUCGGCGCAGCAACAACAGCAACAGCAGCAGCAGCAACAGCAGCAGCAACAACAACAGCAGCAGCAGCCCUCCCAGCAGCAGCAGCAGCAGCAGCAACACCACCUCGGCACGGGAGACUCAUUCCACUCGCCGAGCAACCCCGACUUCUCGCAGCUCCUCGAGUGACGCCGCCGCCACUGCGGCCUACGACCGGGAGUGACGGCCGUGGGGGGCGACCCUCGCUGACUCUGUCGCCCCCCACGUGGGGGUCUCCGGUGUGGCUUGCAGGGGGACCCUUUGACCCUGAAACUGUGCGCACGUUGGGACUCCCCCAGCCUCCCCCUUUCUCUUUGGAACUGUCGGCCGUGUCUGUCUCUCCCGGAAGCUGCGGUGGGUUGUUGCCUGCACCGAAUGGGUUUUGCUCAAGACUCGACUCCGGGAACGGAGCCCGAAAAAUGCUGGUUUGUUGCUGUUCUUUUUUUUUUUCUUUCUCUCGAGUUAUUUUAUUUUGUCUCCCUCCAGAUCAUGCUCUCUGUUCUGUCGUCUAUCGUCGCGAGGACGGAUGUAAAACCGUAAGCGGUCCUUCUUUCUGCUCUAGCGCUGUACAUAGGGUUUAUCUGGCAUGCCUUUCGUUCCCCGCACACCCGUCAUUAUCCUUCUGCGUUCUGGACAGGGUAAUCCCGCGAGUGUCCUUCGGUUCCCGCGUCGGGAGUUAACCUUCUGCUCACGGCGGGCGUGCCUGCGAAGUCCGGCUCAGUCUCGCGUCUCUCUGUGCCCUCCUUUGACACGCUCACACCGCCGAGGGCUGGGGAGACGAACGGAGAAACGAUGACGGAGGCGAUGUCAUCUUUUCUCAUAUGUGUUCGUGAGGGAGGGUGGUUUGCCAAUUCCACCCAGAAGUCGCUCCGUGCUGAGUUCAAAGACGGGGAGGGAGUGGUGGGUGCAUGUGCCACCCUAAACCGACUCUAUGGGGGCCAUGCACAUUGUCUGGUUGCGAUGCCGCCGCUACGGGAGACGUCGCGUUUGGGGUCUGGGGUCCUCGACCCCCAUGUGGCGAAUUCCGUGCCAAGGCACCAACGAAAAAAAAAAAAAAAUCUGUGAUCGUUUUCUUUUGACUUUUUCUUAUCUCUCUUUCUCUCUCUCUCUCUCUCUCUCUCUCUCUCACUCACUGGAGUUUUAAGCGAGAAAUCCUCUUAUAUUUCUUUCGGUGCCGUUCUCUUCUUGCCGGAUAGGUUUUACCACUCUUUGUUUUUCGUUUCGUUUACCUGGCAGAGUAUUCUCGUCGGUUUUUGGGGUGGAUCCUUUUCUUUUUUUUAUCUAAUGGCCCACUUCUUUUAUGCCCCUUGGAUCUCAUGAUGUCGUGUUCGUCCGUGUUAGUUCCUUAUCGUUUUUUUCCGUUCAAUUUUUCGCAGUGUGUCGGUUCUGCGCAUGGAUGUCUUUUCGACCUGCUGUUGAGUUCCUGCCCCCUCUCUCUUUUCCCUCAUUCUUCUUUAAGGUGAUGUCUGUCGUUUCCUGCCUGGCUUUCUUUUUGCUUUCUUAUUUUUCUCGUCGUUUCUUCGGUUUUUUUUUUUUUUUUUUUUUUGUGAAAACAACAAUAACAAUAAUAUUCCCAAGACUUCGUACCACACAGAAUUGAAACUUUCCUGAGCCGAGUUUUGGCACAGUUUCAAAAAAAAAAAAAGGAAAAAAAAAUCACGGUGGUAGCAUUGCUGAGCGGGCCAUUUUCUUUUCUACUUUACUGUACUUCGUGGCGUGGGUCGGUGUAUUUCUCUCGUUAUCUGGGUGCCUCGGCCACUGCUGCCACUGCCACCACUGCAGUGUCUCCUCACUCAUCUCGGCUCCCUCUGUGUCGGUCUGUUUCCCUGCCUGCUUAACCUGUCGUCAGAUCAUUGCUGCUGUCUGUAAACGAAUCAUACCCAUAACUGUCUGUUUCACGUAAGCAUUAUAAAGCGGAAAGACUGUCAAAAGAGACUGCGUCAGGCUAGGGUCACAGCGGACACACGGUAACGGGGUGUUCGGUAAGAGCCGAGGAUGAGCGACCUUACUUCCUGCAGUGUGUUUUGGCCUUUGGCUCCCUUUCUGCAUUGUCUGCCCUGGAGGCUUCUCCGCUCCAUGAGGCGGUGAUGCCGGGGGUGGCGGUUGGUGCAGUUUGGAAGCCGGCUUGGGUACGGUGCCAAGCUGUUUGAUGACAGCCUCCCUCGACGCGGUCUGAUAACUCGGCAUUGUCUAUAUCCUUGAGAAACCUUGAACACCGCAGCCAGCAUAAAGCUCCAAGAAGCUCCUUGCUGCUGGCAGCACAGACGCUGCAAUGAAAUCAAAACGCCACCCCCUGGCAGCACUGUUCGUGUUGGCGUUUUUUGUGCAAUAAUCACUUCCCCUCGUUUGGUGAAUCUGCCCCUUGCACUUGGAACAUUCUUUGCUUUUUCGAGCCUUGCUUUGCCUUGUCCCUCUUGCGUUGCUGGACGAACGACAAUCUUUCGAAGAAGGAACAUUUUCGACCUGUAGCUCUCCUUCCUUCCGCCCACGUCUGUCAGGAGCCGUGACGAAGACAGCCAUGGCACACCGGUUGCCGAUGCCCCCUUUGUUUCGAGGGCCUAACUGUCGUCUUUACUUUGAUGGGCGGUUUUCGUAGUCACCGAGUUACAAGUUGGAGGAGGAGUAGAGAGGGUUUCUGUUUUGUCAAGUCAGUCGUUUUCGAGACCUGAUCGUUUUUUGACAGGUUGUGCUUAGAGGGGGGGAACACUGUUGUCGAGCUUUGUGGAAAGCGAAAUGCAAAUAUGAUGAUAUCAAAAAACGAGGUGCAGUGAGGUUGUUUAUUUUGGUUUGUUUUUUUACACAGGCUAUUUUCUUUUUUUUGUCUGACUUUUUUUUUUUUGCCUUCGCACGUUUACAAGUGCGUUUCCAGGAGACCAAAAGCAAAAGGAUGCGGUCUGCCACUAAGUGUGGCAUCCGCCGGACACUGGAUGAGUUCAAACUGUUUCCCUGCUAGUCCUGGCUAGAGUUGAUUUGUUCCUUUGUUUGUUGGAGAGAGGUUUGAGGGGAAGGAGGGGUGGCACUCUCUGCACGGGAGUCCGUCAAUCAAAAUGAGCCGGUCCGAACGGACAGGUCUGAAAGAAACGGCUGUACAAACUCUUCGAUGAGAUGGGCUAAAAGUAAGCUAAUAUUCUAGGUUCUUCAUAAAAUAAAAUGUUUUUGUCUUUUUUUUUAUAGUGAUCUAAUUCGUUCAAUAAAUUUUUAAACGGUGGAUCAAGAGGGUGCUAGAUCUCGAAACGGCUAGUUUAUGCUUGCGUCGGUCUUUUAUACCGUGCAACAUUUAACGGAAGAGACUUCCGUAUUUGGCUCCUUUAAAGUAUUUAUUUCCAAUUACGACACCCAACGUUUCCGAAUUGGCAAUUUCUCGUCGAAGUCCCGUCGGCCACUCUCUCCUCGUUCUAGUGGCCGUUUUGGCAUUAGUUAUUUAUGAAGGCAGACGACCGAACCGACGCAGUGCUACGAGGAGGAGUGGGAGCAGGCCGGGCGGACGUCUGACCCGCACACUCCUUCGUUACGCGAGGGAUCCUUUGGACGGAGGAGUCGUGUCUUGCUCUUCUGGUUAUGCAGACCUUCGGUUGUUGGGACGGGGGGGAUUGGUUCGGACCUGUCUCCCCCUUGCAGACUUUUGACGGACGUUGGCAGCGCUCUCUGAGGUUGCUACGCGCGGGCGGCCUUCGAGGCUCGCCCGAAAAGCCACCCGCCCCGAUCGGCGGGUGUGCCGGUCGAAUGCAAUACGAGUCGUCGUCGGUUCUUCCGCAAAGUGGAAACCGCGUGGAUGCAGCAAAGUUUCCCGUCGGCCUCGCAGCCGGCCUUCCUGUAUACGUACGGAGGACGAGGAGUCUGGCGUGUGUGGCGCUACGCAUUCUCUCUCCCAAAGGUUUCUGUUCCCCCUCCUCGUUUGGGCGAUCCUAGUAAGACUAGGCGUCUCGCCCCACCCCCUCUGUUGUCUGUCCUUCCCGAGCGUCUGUUGAGAGCCCGGGCGGGGCAGCUCGAGCGUUUCUGCGUGGUCCGCCGUGGUUGUGCGCAGCCAUGGCACAUUCUUCUCUAAGAAGGAAAAUCGAAAAUGAAAAUGUUUCAUUGUCGGCGUUUGCCGGCCAGUGUCUUGUCGUUUUAUAGAGCCGCAAUGGUCGUCACGUUUAACGACGUGUUUGUCUACGUGUGUGACAACGAUGAUGGUGAUGAGUGUAUGUGUCUGCGAGGGAACGUCCAGUCUUUCCCUUUGUUUGGUGUUGCGUAGAGAAUUCUGGUGCUUUUAUGUCGAAGAAAAAUGCGAAGCCGUCGAGGGAGGCCCCCGCUAUUGCUCGUGAAGAUUCUCCGAUUGUCUAUUAACAUUGGCAGCUAGCUCUGUCCGAGCUUCUCAGUUGUAUCGUACUAGAAGCAGAUGCUCCGGUCGAGCUAGACCAUUUCAUUUCCAACGUGAAGACUUAUGUUGCAAGCUCCACUUUCAAAGAUGAAAAGACAGAAUUUGGAUCCGUCCUGUUCAAACGUUUGUACUGCACUCUUUGCAAGGAUGAAAAAAGAAGGGUAGAGAGAUGACUAGCUUUUCACUCGAAUCAGUAAGGACUCUGUGGUUGGGUGGAGCACAAGAAAUAGACAGGGGCUAUUGGAAGAUGAUGUUUUGACUGGAUAAAUUUCUGUGUUGCAUUGUGUUUAGAAAGAACCUGGUCGGAAUUAAUGUGGGUGAGUAUGCUUUAUACCUUGGUUCGAUAUUUUCCUCUCGAACCAAAUUCUGUGAUAGCUACACUUCCUCUGCUUUCUUUUAAACAUUUUUUUUUUUUUUUUAGAUGCAAAUGUGCAAGUGUGUUUUAAGGUGAAAUUCAUUCCAGUAAAGACACUACUGUUUUUCUUUUUUUUGUGUGUUUUUUUGACUAGUUUACAUUUCUUGGGGUCUGGACGAUACUAAGCAGGGUAUAAAUGGCUGAGUGGUCUCGUAGAGUGGAACUACGCAUCUAGUCUUGCGAUAGAAUAAUGACUUGUACUCUUUUUAUUUUUUACCUGUAUGUAGCCACGAUGCGUGAGCAAAGAAACACGGAUGCAUUUUUUGGUGUAUUGUGCUGACAAGCGUGUGUGAAACAAGAGGAAAGCCUAAGCGACAUGCUACCACUUACCAAACAAAGCUGGUUUUAUUUUACCCUGUCUUUUGGCUUUCUCAUUGGAGACAUUAUCAAGCUCAAAAACCAUCUCGUCUCUUCGUUUCUCUAAAAUGAAGUAUGCUUGUACCGGUGUUUCUUUAAGUGCCACAGACAUCUAGUGCCAGAAGAAAAGAAUGUGCGAGGCUUCUGUUUUUCUCAAAGUAGUGGCCAUGCGGUCCUCAUAUAAGGUCUUAGAAUAACCUUAUGAGGUCAUUGUGAGGUCGGUCUCAUUGCAUUACACUUGCAGACCGGCCUUACAAUGAGGCUGCUGAUGCUGCGUGCCCGUUUCCUCGAGCAAAACAGUUCCCGGUCUCCGCACCCUAUUUGACCGCUGCCAUGAUUGGCAUGAUUGGCUCUGCCGCUGUUUUGUGCUUAGUCAUGCUGAUGUGUUUCUCACUUUACCAAGGUCUAGUUUUCGAAGUAACCCACCGCAGAGAUGACAGCAUCUCGAAUGGCAAUUUCGCUUGUGUGUGACUGCAGACCCAUUGUUCACGGGCGUCUCAUGAGCCAUAGCCGCGGUAGCAGACAGUGCCAGCAAGGCACCUCCGUUACCGUGCAGGCACGGUGUGAUACCCCCAUCUGUACCAGCGUGUGAAAGAGGAGAGAGAAAAAAACAUGUCAGCUUUUCUGAAUGUCGUGCAAGCAAGAAGACUGUGAUGAAACAAAUCCAAGAGGGAAGAAAAGUUCGCUCCCGAACGGACUUUUUGGACCUUCCUCCUUUGUUUCGCCCUCCCAAAAGACUUUGGACGAAGUGCGCGGCCUAGCCGCCUCGUGUGUCACUUUUCUCUUAUCAUCUCUUUUUUUCAGAGCCUCGUGGUGAAGCCCGUGUGUCGUAGCGCUGUAUAUGUGAUGGAGAAAAGCUGUCUUCAAAGUAACGCUGGAUCGAUGCGCGAUUUUCCCCCCCCCCGGUGCGUCAGUGUGUAUGUGUAUCCGAAUCUCGAGGUGUUGGAUGGUAUCAUGCGAACAGGGCAUCCGCCGAUGCCAGCAACGAUUGCAUUUCCUCGCCAGGGAAGAGUAUUCACUGCAUUUCUCUUGCUGUUCCCAAUAGUUUGCCUUCCCCCCCCACCCCCCCCCCCCCCCUGCAAAGUCCCCAAGUGCUACUGUCCCCUGCUGCUGUCACCUCCUGACCCGAGCUUGUUGAGAUGUUUUCUGUGCGCCGAGUACAGCUCUCCUCCCUCCAAACUUGUUUGGAUCGAGCCAUAGAAUGACCGAUUGAUUGUGACAGUUGCGCUGCUGCUACUUUGGACGCUGAGUUUCCUUUUUGAUGAAGGCAAGCAAAGGCGACUGGUGCCGCUUGUGCCGUUUUUGUGCUUACAUGUUGCUGCUUUUCUGCUCGAUGAUGUCUUCCCCUUGGCUGUUCUCAUAGUCUCCUCUGCUCCCAUACGAAGAUUCAUUUCAAAUAAACUUUUUUUUUUAGUUGAAAGA